AUGGGCCCCUCAGAAGUCAGCACGCCCAGCCAGCACCAGCCCAGGCCUCGAAGGGUCUCCGAUGGCAGCAUCAAUGGAGGCGUCAGGAAGGACAUCCUCCUCCAGCGUAUGGCCGAGGCCUUGCAGAGCGAACGAGCCAAGGCAAUCGUCUUCCAGCGUGAACUUCAGAACGCGGAACGCGAGAUCGAUGAUCUUGCUAAUACCCUGGACGAACAACGUCGCGAACAUCACAAAACGAUCGUCAACUUGAGAAAGGAUAUCAAACUGCUCAAGAAAGAGCGCGAAAGCUUGGUUGAAGCUCUUGAGGCGGCGGAAGGAGUUGAACAAGAAGAAGCGGAGCGAUAUCUGGCUCUGUUGGACCCGGCCGCCCAGGCCGUGAUGGCGGAAGAGGAUGAAGCCGAGGAUCCGAACGGGCAAGCAAAAGCGCCCCGGAACCGAAACCACGCCCCGACGCCGCAGCCGAUCCUGGACGAUUAUGAUCUGUCGAACUACAAAAGCACGAUCCGUGCGCAGAUGCAGGAACGAUCAGCUCUGCGGGCGCAGAGGAUCAACUCCGAGCUCCUGAAAAUCAACCCUACUUCGACCGGCGAGCCUGCCAAUGCUGAUUCUGAUAAAGGCGCCCCAGACGGUCACUCCCACCUCCCCGUCUCCACCGCCACCCGGCAGGGUCGGCCCCGUGAGACGCCCAGUCGGAUCCGGCGCAAGCUCAGCAAGAGCCGUCCGAACAGUCGCGACGGGAGCGGGGGGCUGUUCUGGAGACGGAGCGGAUCGCGGACACGCGACACGAACGACGAAAAGUCUUCUUCGGCCCCCGGUACGAUCAUGCAUCGCUACCCGAACCAGCCACCCAACGAGCGUCGAAAGACGUCCGCGGGGCUCACGGGCGGGGCGACGGAGGAGGAAGGAUACUACGAUUCGGGGCCCUUGCAGCGGUCCAAUGAGUCCUUCGGCGGCCGCAGCCAUCCAGUGGGCAACGGCAAGAUCGGCAAGCUCUUCCGCAAAGUCUUUCCGACGUACAAGGACGACUCCCAGGCCGAUGAGCACGGCCAUCAGCAGGACGACCCUGCGUACCACGAUCUUCACUCCGCCGACCCGCUCCCCGAUCGACGAAGAGCGAAUACCGGCGUGGCCGCUCGCGCCCAUCGCAGACGCCAGUCGUUCCUCGACUAG